GGAGGGGCCAUCAGGUGAGCUUGGGGCCGGUGUAUAAGAGCAUGUCCAGGUGAUAGAGAAGGGACACGGCAGUGCGAGUAGCAGCAGAGAAAAGGAGACUUACAAAGGUGCCACGGAGAACAGAAAGGUAUUAAUCAUGAUCCGAGGUCUGCUGUCGGUGUUGUUUGUCCUUGUGGCCGUAGCUGUGUCUUCAUCUUUGGCCAAGCCUGAGAAGAACAUUGCCAAGAGGGGGAAGAGGAUCCCUCAGACUCUCUCUAGAGGCUGGGGUGAUCAGCUGAUCUGGGCUCAAACCUAUGAGGAGGCUCUGUACUGGGCCAGGGCACAGAACAAGCCUCUGAUGGUCAUCUUUCACCUGGAGGACUGUCCCCACAGCGCAUCCAUGAAGAAGGCCUUCGCUGAAGACAAGGACAUCCAGAAGGUACUUGAUGAAGACUUCAUCAUUCUCAAUCUGGUGUAUGAAACCACAGACAAGCAUCUCUCCCCUGAUGGCCAGUAUGUCCCCAGAAUCAUCUUUGUCGAUCCCUCUAUGACAGUGAGAGCUGACAUCACAGGACGCUACUCCAACCGCAUGUACGCCUAUGAGCCUUCUGACACCCAACUCUUGUUGAGCAACAUGCAGAAGGCCAAGAAGCUGCUGAAGACUGAGUUGUAAGCACUGACAAUGCAUGUGACCCGUUGACCUUUGCCUGUGACUUCAGAGGUUUUCUGAACAUUCUCAGAAUGAUCUCUGGAGCCUAGGAGUCAGCCAGUGGGAUACUGUCACCAUGUAAACCUAAGCACUGGAAAAAACUAGUCUUCACUUUCACAAACUAAUUUAAAUGUUUUGGGGGGAUUUUCCCUGAAACUCUGUCUACAUUUGUAAUGUAUUGCUGUACAUCUAAGAUGUAUUUUUAUUAAAUAUAGUGCAAUUCUUAAA